AUCUCUUUUAAACGCUAAUGUAAUAUUUCCGCUUUUUGCAGCAUUACCGAGUGGUAAAGGAACGAAAUCUNCGACAGAAUUAGUAAUUUAAAUAUUGUUUAAUAAUACAUCAAGUAUAACUUCUAUUUAAUCACAUUCGUACAAUCUUCCUGGUGAAUAGAUAGAAAUAUAAAACAUAUUGCUGGGUUUUUAGGUACGAUUUACGUUCUGUUUAGAUCUCUUUUAAACGCUAAUGUAAUAUUUCCGCUUUUUGCAGCAUUACCGAGUGGUAAAGGAACGAAAUCUCUCUUGUUCGAUGUAAAAUAAACUUUUUCAGUUGCUAUUCGUAUUGAGUUAAUACUGUUUUUAAAUUUGUUUUCAGCUGCCCUCGACUACAAUGACAAUGACUAUGAAGACGAGACAGAUAGAAGACCACCAACCGACUUCGAAACCCUAAAGUUAACGGAUAUGGAAGUUAUCCGAACUUUAGGGCAGGGAAGCUACGGACGGGUGGAACUGGUUGAAGCAAAUCGGAAACGAUUUGCUUUGAAAGUGAUAAAAAAGGAACAUGUGAGUAGUGCAAUUGAUUAUGCUAUUACAUGUCUUUAAUUCAAUAAUUGGUAUACUGUGUUCUCGAUAUAGUCUAUUGACCCAUUUAUGGGAAAAUAUGUUCGAUCAGAAGUAGACAUCAUGAUGGAAUUGAAAAAUGAUUUUAUAGUAGGCAUGUACACGUCAUUCAACGACGAGGAUAACGUGUACAUGCUUAUGGAAAUAUGCGAAGAAGAUGUAAGGGCGAUUUUGGUGUACGUACUUAUUUAUUGUUUAUUAAAUUAAACAUACCGAUUGCAAAAAUAUUCAUAGAAGAUAAAAAUUUCAUUUUAAUACAAUCAAUUAUUUUAUAAAACAGUUUAAAUAGAUUUUGAUCAAUUAUUUAAAAAAAAAAUGAUAUGCAGACAGUUGGUCCGAGUCGUAGAAAAUCCGAAAUGAUCUCUGAACUAGAAUAGAAUCUUUCUUUUAUUCACUCAUCUUCACAAUACCAACCAUUUGAAGUAGAUUUUUUUUAUAUUUAGAAUGCCCUUACAUAAAUAGUUUUUUAGUAAUAUGUAUUUAUCAUUAUCAAUAAUUAUAAUUCAAUGUAACUUUAUAAUUAUGUAUAAUUUAUACUGUAUAAAUAAUCACAGGGAUUAUAAAUACGUUGAGGAGAAUGUUGCUCAGUUUUAUGUAGCCUGUGUGGCAGAAGGACUUAUGUAUUUGCAUAGGAAAAAUAUUAUUCAUCGAGACUUAAAACCCGACAACAUUCUAGUGAACAGCCAGGGUUAUUUGAAAAUAGCAGAUUUCGGGCUGGCUAAAAAAAUGGACAUAGUAUUUUUCACAACUAAUUUAGUAUUUAUAUAAUUGAUUACAUAAUUAACAUACAUUUAUUAUUAGAACGAAACGAAAGCGUGGACGUACAAUGUCGGCACGGCUUGGUACAUGGCACCCGAAAUUAUAUCGGGUAGCGGCCAUGACAAAAGCGUCGACUAUUGGUCCUUGGGUGUUAUAGUGUACGAAUUAUUGGCAGGUAUGCAAAUCAAUUUAUUAAACUAACANUAUCUUGUUUGAAUUGUAACAAUGAUUUUCUUUUAUUUGUUUAUUUUGUUCAUCUUCGGUCGUGCAAAAAAGUCGCUCCUUACAAUAAUAAUAAUAAUAAAAGUAAUCUUGAAUUAAACAUUAAUUUUUCAGUGAUAAUCCUGAAGAAAGGUUGAUUGAAUUGCGAAACCACGAGUAAGUCACAUUAAUUUAAUUUGAAUGAUUUCAGAAUGUUUUAAACAUAGGGAUUUAAAAUUAAUUAAAAAUAAUUUUGCAUUUAAGGUGGUUUGAAGGUUUCGCCUGGGGUGAUCUGCAAACUCUCAAAAUGACACCACCAACAUUAAAGCCAUUGACGACAGAUGACGCUUCUGUUGAAGAUGACUUCUUGGAGUGGGAGCCUACCGAUAUGCAACUCUCUUCGUCUUCGGACGAUGCCUGGGACAGGGGCGACUACUGUUCUAAAGACAGUGACGAAAUAAAGCGGAAGUCGGUCGUACUGGAUACGAAUGUGGUUGAGGAAAUGGGCGAUGGGAUGAGUGAGGUAAUGUAAAUAAAAAAUGAUAUAUUCUCUUAUGAAUGAGAAAGAUCAGUAAGUAAGUUAUGAUGUGGGUUUGGUUUAUGAUGGUCCGACGAAAGAGUCUGAGAACGACUUUUAAAAAUAUCUUUAAUAACUCCAUAAAUUGUAUGUUGAGCUCUAUUUUUUGGUUAUCCUUCAUAUUUUUUUAAAAAUUUGAUAAAAAAUAUAAUAGAAAUGAUUUUUCGGUAUUAAAACCUUAAGGUUUGCGAACGGAAUCGUUUUUCAUUAAAUCUAAGGAACUUUUUCGAAAAGGCUUAAUUUGUUUUUUUUUUUUUUUUUUGGUACGUUUAAGUAAAGGUACGUUUUCCCUUGCGCCAUUCUCUAGCCCCCAAAUUGUUCUUAUGAAUCAACAUUUAUCUUAUUUAUAAUAAUAAUAAUAACGUAUUGAUUAUGAUUAUGAUUAUAGUGGUAAUUUAUGAAGAAAAAUAAAUAAAUAAAAACUAAAUAUUUGUUGAACAAAAAUAAAUUUUAGACCGGUAUCGAUUUAAUACAUUUAUUAGUUAUUUACCAAUGAUUUUUAAUUGACUUCGUUCAAUCAUUGCGAUAAUUUCGGUGAAAUUGAAAACUCUUGUAUGCCUUUUUUUUCACAUAUUAUUUCUGCAGGCGUUGGUUUAUUGUAAUAUUUUAUUCUAGUAAAGUAUUGUUUGUGUCUGUAAAAAUUAUAAUUAUAUUUCAUAUAAGACAUUUAUUUAUCAACGAAACUAUUUUAUUAUAUUUUUGAACCAAAAUGUACGUUUUCCCUUGCGCGAUCGCGAUUGCGCAUCAUUAUCGCGCGAUUACUUAUACAAUGUAAAUUAAAUAUAGUUGGUUGUCCUCGUGCGGUCGCGGUCGGCGAUCUAAUUUUGUUCGCGCCACGAUCGACUUGUUGUUUUAAUAAUAAUUAUUAAUAAUGCAAUUUUUUCAUUUAUGUUUGAACACUCGUUGACAUCGGUUAUUCAAACAUGAGUUUCGCAAUGGUCAAAUUGAAUAAGGAGCAAGACGCGAUAUUCGUUGAGUGUGUAGCGACGAAACAUCCCCCAAUUUAUAAUCCCGAAAAUAGGCAUUAUAAAGAUUUGAAUAUACGAGAUGCAAUUUGGAAGGAUAUAAAUGGCAACGUCGGGCGAAGUAGUAAGCAAAAUAUUAUAAAUAUUGUUUGUAAAAAAUAUUAUAUUUGUAGGAAUGAAAAUAUAUUAAUGGUAUAAAUAAUUUUUUUUCAAAUAAUACAUUGAGAUUAUAGUAUAUUUAUUUUGAAUAUCAUUAUUAUAAUAUUAUGAGUAGAACAAGACGUGUAGAACAGAUCGUUUAGGUUUAAAAUAAAUGAUUAUUUUCAAUUAAAUACCUGGACACUGUCUAUUUAUGAAUGAGUAUUUUAAAAGCGUUUAAUGCACAUGCACGUGUACUGUGUACAUCUCUACUUUAAGCUAAAAAUAAAUUAAAAUUUCUCGACAUUUAUUUUUAUCGUGUAUAUAAUAUCAAAACUAAUUUUAAUCUCCGUGAUAUUUUUUUUUUUAUUAUUAAUUGAUUGAAAAUGAUCAAAUAAUUGUAAAAUGUUACCAUUUAUGCGUGAAUUCUUCACUUAUAUUAAAUACAAUACACAUCAACCUAUAAUUAGAAGCAGUUAAUACUAAUUAUUUAUUUUUUCUCCAGAAGAUAAAAAUCUGAAAAAAAUUAUGAAUAUAUUAUAUAUACGUCAUUAUUCUUUAAUAAAUAAAUGAAAUUUAUUUCAUUUUUUAUUUAUUUAAAUCAAAAUACACAAAUAAUACAAUAGGUACAAAUCACUAAAUAAGCGACAACUAUGUAUGUUAUAAAUAUUUGAUUUGUUAACGUUUUCGAAAUGCAAUUUUUUUAAUCUGCUUACUAAUUAUUAUACUGCAGUAUACAGAUGGGUUUUAUGUUUUAACUUAAAACAAAUUUAAGUUUUAUUUUUUAAUUUGUUACAAGUACCUUAUCAUUUUUUUUAUAAAUUACGUUUUUUUAUUAUUAAACAAUAUUUUAAUAACUCUUGUUCGAAAUCGGUUAUGUAUAUUUUAUUUUUAUUAGAUGAAGACUGCAAGAGACGGUAUAAACAUAUUAAAGAUGCCUAUUUAAAAAAUAAACGGGCAAGAAAAAUGAUUACUGGAGCAAGUGCCUCUUCAAAACCCUCAAAAUGGCAUUUAGUACCAUUUUUAAAUUUUUUGAAUACAGUAUCACAAGAAAGAAAGUAAGCACCUUUUUGCAUGUAGAGUGAUUGAUUUCAAGUGAUGGCUAUAAUAACAAUUUAUUAUUUAUUUUAACAGCACCACAUCAAAUAUAUAUGAUACUGAUAAUAAUGAAGAUUCUUUCUCAGACGAAGAAGAAAUAAAUAUCACACAAGAUGAUAUACUGCAGUCGUCACCAGUAUCGCAAUUUCCUUAA